AUGUCUAAUGAUGAUAUUCGUAUUGAAUAUAUUGGUAAUACACCUUCAUCAGAUGUUCCAAUAUUAACAUUAAUCAUUUGUUCAACUAUAUUAAAUACAAUAUUUUAUAAAAUUCUUCCAUCAUCAUUAUCACCAUUAAUUAAAAGUUAUAUUAUAUCAACAAUUCAUUCAUUUAUUAGUGUUAUAAGUGUAUUAAAUUAUUUAAUAAAAUAUGAAAUAAAUUUAAAACAAAUAAAUCGAAUAGUUGGUGGUGGAAUAUAUGGUAGUGGAGAUGAAAUAAUGGUAUAUAGUGUUUGUUAUUCAACGGGUUAUUUAAUAUAUGAUUUAAUUCUUAUGUUAAUAGAUAAAUCAGUUCGAACAAAUUCUACAGUAGUUCAUCAUAUUGUUAUUUUAAUGUCAUUUUUAACAGGAUUAUUUUAUCGUGUUUGUCAUCCAUGUCAUUUUUAUUUUCUUGCUGAAGAAUUAUCAACUAUUCCAUUAAAUUUAAAAACAAUUUAUCAUCAUCGACCUCGUUUACAUCAUUUUUUUUCAUUAUUAUUUGUUAUUUGCUUUUUUCUAAGUCGUCUUAUGUAUGGAUCCAUAAUAUGUUUUUAUGCAUUUCGAGCUAUUCCGCAUUUUCUUCGUAUGGCUUGGAAUUUUAAUGAUAUAACAAGUUUUAUAAUUGGUUUAACACAAGCAUUAUUAUGCAUAUCAACACGAUUAUUAAAUAUUUAUUGGGCUUUUUUAAUCUUACGAAAAAUUUUCGGUUUAAAAUCAAUUAACAAGAAAAGAAAAUAA